UGACAACGAAUGCUAGGGAUGAAGAUGCUGAAUCACCUUACCCGAAGAUGAGUGGCACUGCAGCAUCAUAUGGUAGCACUGCCAACUUAGUAGGAUGCCUAAUGUAGAACAUUUCUUCUGUGAUCUUCUAUAGUGUAAACAUAGACGCUAUAUGCAUUUUAUUAUCUCCAGAAUAAGACUGGGUGUUUUCAUUUCACUUUGGAGUAUAUUCACAAGUAGAGUGAUCAUCGGAAAUGAACGUUUGGAAUUUUAAAAUUUGAAGGUCGUCAUAGUUACCAGAAAAUCAAAAUGGGUGGAAUGAUGUCUGAGUACCUGAACGCCAGGAACAAUGCGUUGGGAAUAGACGUGACGGAGGUCAAUCUUAACAUGAUGGAUGGUAUUAACGCAUCAUUUAUGAAUAACACAUAUAGUGGAAUAUAUGAAAGUGAUUACAUGGAUAACGACAUAAUUGAUCUCAUAAUGGCGAAUUUUAGAAAAACUCUACAAACUCAUGAUGAUCCACAGAGUAUUGUUUUGAUUUGUUUAUAUGUUCCUGUCUUCCUUGGAGCAUUUAUCGGGAACAUAUUGGUGCUACUGGUCAUAUUGACUAACAAGAACAUGAAAAGUACAACCAACUAUUUCUUGCUAAAUCUAGGGGUAGCAGAUUUAUUAGUUACUACGCUAUGUAUGCCGAUGGCGAUUGGAAAAAGUGUAUACAAACUGUGGAUUUACGGUGUCUUUAUGUGUAAAACGACAGGAUAUUUUCAAGGUGUUGCUGUUGCUACCAGUGUGCUGACCAUCACCUCGCUGAGUAUAGACAGGUACUUAGCUAUCCGUCACCCCAUGACAGCAAGGAGAUUCUGCAAGACAACAUACGCCAAACGGCUCCUUCCGCUCUUGUGGGGAGCAUCGUGUGCUAUCAUGGUACCACUUAUCGUAGUCAGAGAGGUCGUCUUCGUCCAUAUAUUUGACGACUCAUUGCCUUAUUGCAAUGAAGAAUGGAAAUCAACCCGAGAUAGACAAUUAUAUGAUGUAUUCAUUUUGAUAAUACUGUUUCUUAUACCUGGGUUCAUAAUUACGACAUCGUAUCUGAAGAUGGGAUGUCAUUUAUGGUCUGAGGGGCGAGAUCUCCAUACGGACCGAUCGUUUGCUCAUGGGUCUCAAAUUGCAACAGUGAUGGCAGGAAGGAGGCGAGUUGCUAGGAUGUUGAUUGUUCUGACAGUUAUAUUUGCCAUAACCUGGCUGCCCUAUAAUAUUGUGACAGUAUAUAUAAACUUUGUAGAUAAGAAAAAAGCUGAACCAUCACUUUUGGUGCUACCAUUCACGUUAUGGCUAGCGCAUGCGCAUAGUGCCUUCAAUCCGAUCCUGUAUUGUUUCAUGAACCGCAACUUCAGACGAGGCCUCAGAAAACUCUUUAGGUGUCGUCGCAGUCACAAAAGGUGCGAACAUGGUGGAGCCGGAGCGGGGGGACACGGCGUUGUGAAGACAAUAACGAAGCGCAGACAGUUGCUGCGGAACUUGUCAAGCAGUAGCCUGUUUAGUCGCUCCAACUCUACAAGUGGAAGCCUAAAGCUUACCCGAACUACCAGUAACAGUAGCACGAACACGAGGACUUCCAGGAACACGUUUAAAUUACGUACCGCAGAAGAAACAUGCGGUGACAAAACACGUUUCAACGAAGGAAUGGUUCGUUCUCCUUAUGGCGAAUGUAAGAGGUUCCCGGAUGUUGUAACGGAUCACCAAGAGACUUGUCAAGAUACGACUCCCAAUGGCAUCGAAUUCAAAUGCGACAAUGCUGAAAACUGCAGUAGAAGAAAGAAAGAAAUAUUUAGUUGUAAAUUAAACAUUCCAACAACAAUUACGGAAGAAAGUUCCCGGUGUCGUUCAGUGUCCCCCAAUCCUUUUAUAUCUCAUCGUAAACAUUUUAAAACGCAUGACUUAGAAAACUAAGAUGAUGAAACAUCGAUAUCACAGCCGAAGAGAUGAUAAUUUGACUGUUCUUACGAAAACUAAUCCGUCAAACUAGUGACAAGACAUUCUAACAAAACUAGACUAGUGACAGGACAUUCCGAAAAGACUAGACUAGUGACAAGACAUUCUGACAAGA